UUGCCGCGAAACGUACAGCGUCGCGCGCGCCACUGGAGAGAGGUUAUCUGGCACGCGCGCGCGCGGCGCCAGGAUGGGGACGCGCGGCGCAGGGAAACGGAUUGAGGCAAGUGGGGAGGAACUGGUAACCUUGUCACGAUCCGGAUGAACUCAUCGCAUGGCUUGUCUCAUAUCUGAGUGCCUGUCCGGAGCAAGUCCAUAGAGCCACCGCGAACGUGUGAAGUCAGCCAGCAAGUGUUUCGCCCCGGACUGUCGUCUGCGUGGCGUUCAAAAUGGAAGAACCGUAUGAUGUACCCGUGGAUCCACAAUACCCACCGUCCUACAACGAUGUUACCGUGCAACACUCUUCGCUUGGCGGUGGACUAACUUUCGUUGAUUUUCUACCGCCAUGCAUCCGGUCCUGGACGCUUUUCAAGCCCAUGAAGUUUGAAGGUUUUAGGUGCCUGAUCACCAGUGCAAAUGAAUGGCUGCGACACAACCCCUCCUGGGAAGUUAAGACAUGCGAGAGCGUGGAAUUCAAGGCAGGUUCCUCCGGACCAAAGGUUGAAAAAAUGUCUUACUUGGAAUAUGGAGAAAGGGCCACACACUUCAUGAGAUGCCUGAGAUUAUGGAUCGUGCCUCGCUGUGAUCAGAGUCGCCCGCCACAGCAGCUCGAUUACAUAAACUUGGUACCACAGGAGGUUGACAGCGGAGGCCUGUUUUCCACGCCCAAGUACGAAAUGCUUCACCAGAUGAUUGACCGUUACAACAGCGUAGUUCGAUUCCGUCCUCCUCCUGGACGUAUAUUGGCAGUUGAGUCUCAGGAAAUGAAAGCGACCGGAAAGUCCAAGUUUGACCCCGAUAGAUCUUACUGGUAUGAGGGCGGGGCAGCAGGAAAGCGUUUCCUUUUUGUCGUUCGUCUUUUCUUUGAAGUAGGGUACUGCCCCUCCGAAGCAGUGGGAGUUGCAGACUUUGUUCCAGAAGAAAUCGAACCAGAAGAUUGCUGCUGGUCCCCCAUAUUCGAGAAUUUUUCCAAUGUACUAGCGAAAGCGUCCCAGUGGUGCGCCGAGCAAUCGGGCAUCCGCUUUUGUAACGCACAGUCACUGGAAAUAAAACUCCACUCAGGAAAUGAUGUCGAUACUCAGCAGCUUUCAUAUUCAGAGCGCAGUAACGCGAUAACCAGGUACAUCCGUGUGCUCCGUGUUGCAUACACGAAGCCUUUAGAAGGAUAUUUCGCGGAAGUUCCGAGGCUCAACCUACAGUGUAAGACGUUUGUCCCGGUCCAACUGGUGCGAGGAUCACGAACAGACUUCGAAACGCUGGCCGAGACCAAAAUGCGCGUCGAGGCCUGGGUUCGAAUAACAGGAGCACGAGUGCUGAGCUGCGAGACACCGGCAAUGCGUCUGUCAUGGGGGAAACACUUUUUGGACAAGCUCGACAGCGGUUCCACAGUCAACCACGGAAAACGAGCUGAAGACUGGAUCUUUGUGAUCCGCCUCCACAUCGACGGUUUCUACCAAGAUCCACCAGCAGGGGAGAUGCCUCCGAUACCUCCAUUGCAGGAAGAAUGUUGUGGAAUACUGUGAACUUUCGCAUUUGACAGUCGCGUUUCUACAAUGCUUGGUCUGCUCUGCUUUUGUUCUGUGAUGAGCUCACACUUCAAUGUUCCAUAUCAUAAACGGGGUGUGUUUCA